AUGACCUUGCGUGCUGGAAAAAUCAUUCGGGGAGCAUCAGGAACUUAUAAGCUGCUGGACGCCUUGAAAUCUCUCACCAUCUACAAAGCUCAAGUGCUGUCGGGUCCUCGUAUGAAUGCGAGAUGGUAUGUCUCUAUCACCAUGCUGGAAUUGCCAAUGUCUUACUCCAACCAAAGGGCUGUCGUAAAAACAGCUGUAGCUGAACUCGAAAAUGCCGCCUUGAAGCGUGAAUACAACAAUUAUAAGAUCCCCGACAUUGCCUCGAGUCCCUACAUCCGAACCCUCUACAACGCUCUUGGUUCCUUUGAAGAAGACGUACGCCAGUGUGAUGCCGCUGCGGAAGACCCGUUAUGUCUGGUAUUCGAAUGUCUGGAAACUGAUCUGCAAUCGUUAUCAUCCCACCAAUAUCGACGCGAUUCACGAUUGCCCAAGAUCAUUUCUAAAUCGGUCCUGUAUUCUACUGCUAGCAGUGUUGUCCAUAUGGGACUAAAGCGAUUAGAUGUUAACCCAAACAAUGUUUUCCUGUCGAGGAUCGAUGGGCCUUCACCGAUAAUUAAAUUAGGAGAUUUAGGACUGAUGGUUAAGGAGGGUUAUAACAGCCAGCGGCUUCACUGUCUUCCAUGUCGGGCUCCGGUGGUGUGGCAAGGCAUAGGCUGUUUUCACUCCUCAGAUACUAAUAGAGAAGUUGGGACAUUGACUCCACGGGAGAGCUAUUUUGGUGCAAGUGACAAGAUCGUCGAGGAUCAUACCGAAGCGUGGUGCAUUGCAAAACUCCAGAGUCUCGUUGGGUCACUCGGGAUCUGUAUUGAUUAUCAGCCGUACAAGAGCGAAUUUGAGCUUGCUGAACAAUUGACAUCGAUGGAAAUUGGACCGGGUCUCGGCAAGCUAAUCAAAGUAGGUACCUUGCGCCAGGAACUACAAUCUCUCUCAGAUCCAUCGGUGUCGACUCGGCUACUGGACUUUAUCGACUAUUUACUCGUCAUCGAUAUGGCAAAGAGACCAACGGCUCGGGAAGCCCUGCAAAAUCCAUACCUUCAGUAUGUCUAA